UUUUAUGAUCAGGUCUUAUUUGUUGAGAUCCUAUCCUAUCGCAACUAAACCUAUUCCUUCUCGGCUGAUGCUACUUUAUGCUGUUCCUCUUCUGAGUAUACUGAUGGUCAUCGAUUCAUCAUUAAUCUACCCUGACUCUUUUUUUUGUCUUUCAAAGAUCUCCUUUGUCAUUUCUUAUAAUUUCGUUGCGCUUCUACUGAUUAUACCCAUGAUCAUCAGUAAUAUAUUCCGUCCAUUUUCUCGUUAAAUACAUAUAUACAUUGGCUCCAAUCA